AUGAGAAAAAGUCCCGGACCAGUUUACAUGAGAAGUAGAGCCAGACCAGUUUACAUGAAACGUAGUCCCAGACCAGUUAAUAUAAGAAGUAGUCCAAGACCAGUUUACAUAAGAAGUAGUCCCGGACCAGUUUACAUGAGAAGUAGUCCCGGACCAGUUUACAUGAGAAGUAGUCCCAGACCAGUUUCCAUGAGAAGUAAUCCCAGACCAGUUUACAUAAGAAGUAGUCCCAGACCAGUUUCCAUGAGAAGUAAUCCCAGACCAGUUUACAUUAGAAGUAGUCCCAGACCAGUUUCCAUGAGAAGUAAUCCCAGACCAGUUUACAUAAGAAGUAGUCCCAGACCAGCUGACAUGAGAAGUAAUCCCAGACCAGUUUACAUUAGAAGUAGUUCCAGACCAGUUUACAUGAAAAGAAGUCCCGGGCCAGUUUACAUGAGAAGUAGUCCCGGACCAGUUUACAUGAGAAGUAGUCCCGGACCAGUUUACAUUAGAUGUAGUCCCAGAUCAGUUUCCAUGAGAAGUACUCCCAGACAUGUUAACAUGAAAAGUAGCUCCAGACCAGUUUACAUGAGAUGUAUUCCCGGACUAGUUAACAUGAGAAAUAGUUCCGGACCAGUUUACAUGAAUAGUAGUCCCGGACCAGUUUACAUGAAUAGUAGUCCCGGACCAGUUUUCAUGAGUAGUAGUUCCGGACCAGUUUACAUGAGUAGUAGUCCCGGACCAGUUAACAUGAGAAAUAGUUCCGGACCAGUUAAAAUGAGCAAUAGUCCUGGACCAGUUUAUAUGAAAAGAAGUCCCGGGCCAGUUUACAUGAGAUGUAGCCCCGGACCAUUUUACAUGAGAAGUAUUCCCGGACCAGUUUACAUGAGCAUUAGCCCCAGACCAGUUUACAUGAGAAGUAGUCCCGGACCAGUUUACAUGAACAGUAGUUCCGGACCAGUUAACAUAAGAAGUAGUUCCGGACCAAUUAAAAUGAGCAAUAGUCCCUGGCCAGUUUACAUGAGAAAUAGUCCCGGACCAGUUUACAUGAGAAGUAUUCCCGGACCAGUUUACAUGAGCAUUAGCCCCAGACCAGUUUACAUGAGAAGUAGUCCCGGACCAGUUUACAUGAAUAGUAGUCCCGGACCAGUUUACAUGAAUAGUAGUCCCGGACCAGUUAACAUAAGAAGUAGUCCCGGGCCAGUUUACAUGAGUAGUAGUCCCGGACCAGUUUACAUGAGUAGUAGUUCCGGACCAGUUUACAUGAGAAGUAGUCCCGGACCAGUUUACAUGAAUAGUAGUUCCGGACCAGUUUACAUAAGAAGUAGUUCCGGACCAAUUAAAAUGAGCAAUAGUCCCUGGCCAGUUUACAUGAGAAGUAGUCCCGGACCAGUUUAUAUGAAAAGAAGUCCCUGGCCAGUUUACAUGAGAAGUAGUCCCAGACCAGUUUAUAUGAAAAGAAGUCCCUGGCCAGUUUACAUGAGAAGUAGUCCCGGACCAGUUUACAUGAAUAGUAGUCCCGGACCAGUUUACAUGAGAAGUAGUCCCGGACCAAUUUAUAUGAAAAGAAGCCCCUGGCCAGUUUACAUGAGAAAUAUUAGUCCCGGACCAGUUUACAUGAGAAGUAUUCCCGGACCAGUUUACAUGAAAAGAAGUCCCGGGCCAGUUUACAUGAGAAGUAGUCCCGGACCAGUUUACAUGAAAAGAAGUCCCGGGCCAGUUUACAUGAGAAGUAGUCCCGGACCAGUUUAUAUGAAAAGAAGUCCCGGGCCAGUUUACAUGAGAAGUAGUCCCGGACCAGUUUACAUGAGAAGUAGUCCCGGACCAGUUUACAUGUAA